CUGAGGCGUGCAGGGGCGCGUUCCGGCAGAACGUGCGGAAGCACGCCAUUCCUGCAGCAGAAGGCAAAUGCGCCUGGCUCGAGCGCAGCGUGCGGGUGCCUUGGUCGAGCUUCUGCCUGCAGUCAUACUUCUUGAUUCCUUCCCAGUGGUCGGUCCCCUUCUUCCUUGUUUCCUUCGUUGCUGCUGCUUCCUUCAUUCCCGACUUUCUACUGCUACCAUCUUACUGGUCGUCUGAUAGCUUUGCCCCUAUUACUUCUACUUUUAAACACAAGCAGAUACCAUGGCUUCCCACUUUGACACUGUUCAAAUUCACGGCGGUCAGACUGUUGACCCCGGCUCACGAGCGCGAGCCGUACCCAUUGUUGCUUCUACCAGCUUCGUUUUCGAGGACUCGCAACAUGGUGCUGACCUCUUCGCUCUCCGGAAGUUCGGAAACAUCUACAGUCGCCUGAUGAAUCCCACCAAUGGCGUCUUCGAAGAGCGAAUGGCCCAGCUCGAGGGAGGAGCCGCCGCCCUAGCCGCCUCCUCUGGUCAGAGUGCGCAGGCCAUGACCGUCUUCGGUCUCGCAGCCGCUGGUGACAACAUCAUCUCUUCGACCAACCUCUACGGCGGAACAUACAAUCAAUUCAAGAACCUCUUCCCCCGCUUCGGUAUCCAAACCAAGUUCGUCCACUCGACCAAGGCAGAGGACUUUGCCAAGCAGAUUGACGCAAAGACCAAGGCCAUCUACAUCGAGUCCAUCUCCAACCCUAGGUACGAGGUGCUGGACAUUGCCGCCAUUGCCAAGGUUGCACACGACAACAAGAUUCCAUUGGUAGUAGACAACACAUUUGGUGCCGGUGGAUACUUUAUUCGACCCAUCGAGCACGGAGCCGACAUUGUCAUCCACUCUGCCACAAAGUGGAUCGGAGGCCACGGUACCACCAUUGCCGGUGUGAUCAUCGACUCGGGCAAAUUCAACUGGCAAGAGUCUGGCAAGUUCCCCCACCUGACUGACCCGUCAGAGGGCUACCACGGCAUGAAGUUCUGGGAUACCUUUGGCCCCAUCACCUUUGCCAUCUACCUGCGCACUGUCAUCUUGCGAGACCUAGGACCAUGCCUCAACCCCUUUGGCUCCUUCCUUCUGCUGCAGGGUCUCGAAACCCUUUCUCUGCGAGCUCAGCGUCAUGCCGACAACGCUCUGGCUCUGGCCAAGCACCUCGAGCAGCACCCCCGCGUCAACUGGGUCUCGUAUCCUGGUCUGCCCAGCCACGGCUCGUACGAGCUGGCAAAGAAGUACUUGCCACGAGGACAGGGAGGUGUGCUGUCCUUUGGUAUCAAGGGAGACGCAGCUGCCGGUGCUCAAUUUGUAGACCAGCUGAAGUUGGCCUCCAACCUCGCCAACGUCGGAGACGCCAAGACCCUCGUGAUCAACCCUGCUUCGACUACCCACCAGCAGCUGACCGAAGAGGAGCAGUCAUCGGCUGGUGUCAGUGGAGACCUAGUGCGUGUGUCUGUGGGAAUCGAGCACAUCGACGACAUCAUUGCCGACUUUGAGCAGGCCUUCAAGGCUACUGAGGGUGUCAGCGGGUCCAAUCCAGUCAAGGGCGGAAAGGGACCUGCACCGGGUCUGGCCGGCGCUGCCUAGGCGAUGGUGGUGAUCUUCAGGAAAAAGGGGGACGUAAUGAACUGCUCUGCUCUGCCUCUUUGCCUCCCUCGGGAGCUGCACAAAAUCCGAUGACUUGCAGUCGAUGAGGCCUGAAGUGCGACACAGGAGUAACAGAGAUGAGUCGCGUGGUAUAGAAUGAGGACGAAGCAGAGAAAGAAGUAAGUGAGCUGGUGACAAAGAUGCGAAUGGAGGCAGUGGGCGAGGUAGUGACAUGUGACCUGAAGGUGUACGCGGUGUGAAGAGUGGUGGUGACAAAGUGU